UCUGUUCUGUUUCCUGUUCUGAUGUAGACCACAUGAACAUGCAGAAGACAGCACCGGACCGGAACCAGAAACCUGUCAUCCCCAAGGUCCGAUACCACCCGUCCAUCCAGACCCAGACACCCGGAGACAAAGCCAGGAUGAGCCAAAGUCCAGAAACCAGACAUGCUGCCAGACACACCCCUAAGACCGGGACUGACAAUGAGGUGGUCCAGAACCGGGCCGCUGACAGGACACCUCAGGUUAGUCCAGGUCCGGCUGUGAGACCACGUCAGAGGGCUCAGAAACCAGAUCAGAACCCGGUCCAGGGAGCUGUGACAGGUCCUCAAGCACCAGGCCAGCUCGCUAACAGAACCCCUCCCAGUCCAGAGCUGGUUCCUCUGGUUCUGGGGGCCCGGUUGGACCGGAGCGUUGUGGAGGAAGUGGAGGUUCUGACCCGCGGACAGAGUAACAAUGAAGACUGGUUCAGGUGGAGGAAGAACCGGAUCACGGCCUCCGUGGCUCACCGCAUCGCUCACUGCCGCUUUGUUAACGGCAAGAGCAAAACCCCGCCCACCUCCUACCUGACUGCCAUCACAGGUGAAGGUCCGAGGGUCCAGACCCGAGCCAUGAGCUGGGGCAUCACGAAGGAGGCCGAGGUGGUCCGCAUGUAUCAGAGACAGAAGACGUCCUCGGGUCGGCCCGUCCAGGUUCUGGACUGCGGCCUGUUCAUCGACGAUCAGCGGCCCUGGUUGGCUGCGAGUCCUGACGGCAUCGUGACGGACAGCCGGACCGGCCAAUGGCUGCUCUGCCUGGAGGUCAAAUGUCCCUACAAACACAGACAUGGACGGGUGGAGGACGCCUGCAGGGACGACCCCGCCUUCUGUCUGGAGAUACGAGACGAGGAGGGACGGAAGCCUGGACAGCCCCCGGCAUACCGCCUGAAGACGUCUCACAGUUACUUCACACAGAUUCAGUGUCAGCUGGCGGUGACCGGUCUGCGUCAGGCCGACCUCGUCGUCUUCACCCUGAAGGAGCUCGGCGUCGUCCCGGUGACCUUUGACCCCGUCUUCUGGGAGGACACGGUGUCCAAGCUGCAGGUGUUCUACAGGGACGCCGUCCUGCCUCACCUGAACCAGGACACUGCUCUGAGACCGGAGACGUAGAGACGGGCCGUGUCCUUGAACGCCUCGCGUCCUGUCACUCUCGUGGUGUGUUCAGGUGCUCCUCGGAGGAUCACGUCUCCUGGCUUUGGCGUGUUGACGGACUCCUGGACUUCUUUCACAUGUUCACGUGUUUCUGAACACGCAUGUUUAGAAACGUUUGUGUGUGUAACACCUGAUGUAACCACCAGGGGGAGUGUGUUUGUGUUUACGGAUGAGCUGCAGGUGUGUUCAUUAGGUCAUGUGAUCAGGUGAGGUCAGCAGGUGUGUUCAUUAGAUCAGGUGGUCAGGUGAGGUCAGCAGGUGUGUUCAUUAGAUCAGUGUUUUUCAACCUUUUUUGAGCCAAUGAUACUCUGCAGCCGUCUAAUAAUACAAUAUAAUCAUUCUUAUCAAAGUGUCUUGAAUAGGAAUCAAAUAAACACAAAAACUAUUU